UUUGCAACGAUUCAAUCUCUACACUACAAAAUCUCCACCACCUUUAUAAUCUCCCUUUUCUUUUUUUUCUUCACAGUUUUUUCGUUUUUUCCCAAUCAGCAGCCGCGAUGCCUCGCCGUGGAGAGGAAGAGUACGGCGGCCUGGACCCGUACGAAGAGGUGGGCCGCCGCGGCAAGCGGCGUCGGAAGUCUGUGUCCGAUUUCUUCGAGGAGGAAGCCCAUGAGGACAGCGACGGCGAAGAAGAGGAGGAUGAAUACGAAGGGGAAGAGGAUUUUAUCGACUCUGGGGAUGGAACGCUCCAUGAGGAUGAUAGACGGGCCAAUCGACAUAGUCCGAUCCCUCUGAAUGUAAGUUAUGAAGAAGAAGAAGAUAUUGAAGAAAUGGAGAGGCGGAUUUUGGAGAGAUAUUCCAACGACUCGAAAGUCGAGUAUGGUGAUGAUGAGGGGCCGGCGUACAGGGAACAGCAAGGCCCGCUGCCUUCACUUUUCGGCCCGAAAAUGUGGUUGGUGAAAUGCAAGAUUGGGUGUGAAAGGGAGCUAGCCAUACGCCUCAUGCAGAAGUCCAUUGAUGUAGGAAGUGAAAUGAAAAUCUUUUCUGCUGUGGCACUUGAUCACCUCAAGGGAUUCAUAUACGUUGAGGCCAAGAAAGAAGUCCAUGUGAAGGAGGCUGUUACGGGUAUGCAAAAUAUAUACCCACGCAAUAUGUUGUUUGUCCCGAUGCACGAGAUGACCGAUGUUCUUUCGGUACAAAGUGAAGCACUUGAUAUUUCUAGUAAUAUUUGGGUCAGAGUGAAGACUGGGAUGUAUCAAGGAGAUCUUGCAAAGGUUGUCAUUGUUGAUAGCGGGAGGCAGAGAGCAAAAGUGAAAUUAAUUCCGAGGAUUGAUAUGCAGGCUCUGGCUGACAAAAUGGAAGGAAGACAAGUUCCAAGGAAUAAGUCAUUUAUCCCACCUGCACGACUUAUGAAUAUUAAUGAAGCUAGAGCACUGGACAUUCAUGUGGAGCGUAAACGAGAUCAAGCUACUGGUGAUUAUUUUGACAAAAUCGGGGGGCUGAUGUUUAAAAAUGGAUUCUUGUAUAAAAAUUUCUCUCUGAAGUCGCUUGUCACGGACAAAGUGCAGCCAACUUUCGAUGAAAUCGAGAAAUUCAGGCGGCACGGUGAGGUUACCGAUGGCGACAUGUCGAAUCUAUUGGCUCCUAAAAACAAAACACAAUUCAUAAAGGGUGACACGGUGAUUGUUGUCAAGGGAGAUCUUAGAAAUUUAAAAGGAGUUGUGGAAAAAGUUCAAGAAGAUAUCGUUCAUGUCAAACCUAAUUCAAAAGCCUUUUCUAAAACUCUCGCUAUCAGUAACAAGGAGCUUUGCAAGUGCUUUGAACCUGGGGACCAUGUAAAGGUCGUGUCUAGUGCUACUGAAGGCAUAACUGGUUUGGUGGUCUCGUUUGAAGGUCAUGCAGUGACUAUAGUAUCGGAUACGACCAAAGAAUUGCACCGUGUCUCGGCCAUCAAUGUUGUGUUGAGCUCUGAAGUCCUUAAAGGUGCUCAGGGGAAGCCAAUUGUUGCCGUUGUGAGAUUAAGGGAGAUUAAGAACAAGAUUUACAAGCAUUGUUAUGCAAAAGAUCGUUUCACAAAUGCAUUAUAUGUGAAGGAUAUUGUUAAGAUUCUUGAUGGUCCAUGCAAGGGGAGACAGGGCAGGAUUGAGCAAAUAUACCGAGGAAUCUUGUUUAUUUACGAUCGCUACCACCAUGUUCAUGGCGGUUAUAUGUGCGCUAAAUCCGAGUCUUGUGUCAUGGUUGGUGGAUCACUCGCCAAAAGUGAUAUAAAUGGUAACACGACGACUUCAAGAGUUGCGAAUUUUAGAACUCCUUCUCGAGUACCACAAUAUAAUGCAAGGCCACCUUCCAGAGGUAUUCAUGUGAAUCCUGGAAAAGGUCAUAAUUCUUUAGUAGGAGCUUUUGUGAAAAUUCGCCUCGGCAAUUACAAGGGAUACAAGGGACGUGUGGUGGAGGUUAAAGCUCCUUCUGUCCGGGUCGAAUUAGAGUCCCAGAUGAAAGUUGUCACGGUUGAUCGCAAUCAUAUUUCAGACAAUUUCAACGUCUCUGCACCAAUCAGAUAUGAUGUGGAAAGUGAAACGCCAAUGCAGCCUCCUCGAACUCCAUUACAUCAUAAUAUGACUCCCAUGAGAGAAUCUAAUUCUACUCCACGUCACUAUGGGAUGAGGACACCAAUGCAUAACCGAGCAUGGAUUCCCUUCACGCCAACGAGGGAAAGUGGUCUUUCUUCUUCCUCGGUAAAAUUUGAUGAGAAUGGUUCACAAUGUUUCACUGUAAAACUAAUUGAAGUAGCUAGGAAAGAGAAAUUAGUAGAUGAAUUGCUGUUCAAUCUCGGCAAAGUCAGCCAAACUAGCAUCAAUGGGCUUCAUGAGAUACACACAGCUGGUGGUGUAAACGAGCUCGAACUCGAGCCAUUAACGAACUAA